AUAUUGAAACAGAAAAAAGGCAAUCGAAUUCGAGCUUAGAAUUAAUUUAAGUUUUGCAUUGAUUUUGCAUCCAAAGUUGAUAGAAAUAGUGCUACAAUUUGUCGGACACGCUUAUCUCUUCAAUGUGCUAACAAGUUCGCUGAAAUAAUCUACGCGUAGUGAGCAAAAAUUCGAUUUUCAGUGCUUGCUUCAGCAGUCAAGGAAAAAACCCGCCCCCACCCACUUCGAGACGGUGCUAUCACCCACCCCGGAUCCAACGCAACCCGAGCUCAAACGUGGGCAACCCACCUCCCACCAGAGUGUAAACAAUCCAUUCCCGUGCGUCGCCCACCUGCAGCCCAGAGAAGAGUGCGUGCGGAAUCUUCCGACAUCCGUUCGUUCGUACGUAGAUUCAAAACCAGAUGAAAGUGGACUUUAGAGCUUUGUAUUCCUCUGUUAUUUGUACACAAAUGACCAAUCCGAGGCGGACGCUCGUUAGUGUAGCCGUUUAAAAAUAGUAGUGUCCCCUCUAAGAAUGGAUCGUCACCGACGGCGGAGUCAACACAACCUUCGAACGAUCAAGCGCCAUGAGAGGCAGCAGCAGCAGCGCCUUAAUCGUAAUAGUUCCUGUCACACCGACAAAUUGGACAUCUUCCGUCGAUACAGCGUCGUUGUCGUCGUCAUCGAUAGAGCAAUUACUUCAGCAGCAAUCGGGAACGGAACCCGAGGCGUCCCGUCGUUAUAUAACUAUUUAAACACUCGCAGCGAACCAUUCACGAUCAAUCGGCGGGAAAUUGGUCAGUGUUAAGGAAGACGAAGCGCGGGUGAGAGUGCUUGGUCCGCACUUGUAAAACAGUCAAUACUAGUCCAUAUACAAACACGUAUCACCAUGGACAAACAGGAAACUCCAAAGCAAGCCAAAGGCAAACGACCCUUUCUGGGACUGCUUUCGAAGCGAUCGUCCCGCGUCGAGCCACAAAAGUGCACCGACAGCGACGACGAACCGGGAACGUCCGAGUCCGGGAAUGCCUCCACAGUCAAUCUGGUCAACAGAGGCCAACAAUCAAGCAGUGCCGGCAAUCUCCAGCACAAACCAACCGACUCCAGUGUUCCGGACGCGACUCCAGCUGCCACCCAACGGCAGGAUUCUUCCAACCAGAGUGAUAACAACUCGUAUCACCUGCUGUCGACGUCCUCAACCGCCACCACGACGUCAUCGGCGGCAGAUCCGUCCUCGUCGAAAGCUACAACCAACACUUCGUCGUCCACGUCGCAGCAGCAACAACAGCAGAAAACAUACAGCAAAUUCAUCGCAAGAGAUCCUCCCGGAGCCAGUUCAAGCCGCUUACCUGUGGCGAAUCGGCUCAGCGGGCAGUUCAACCUGUGCUGCUCGGUGGACGAGGCCGUGCUCAAGUCACCCAAGAAGAACCGGUACUCGGAUCCUCACGGCGGUGGCGUCCUCAGUGCGGGUCAUUCGUUGGAGUACGAUCAGCAACUGCAGCAACGGCGACAGCAGCUGCGGCUGGAGUUGAGCGCAAAGACGAGUGACAACAAGGGAAGUCCUUCGCUGAACGGUGCGAGCUGUAGACCGUUGGAGUUGGGGAGUGGCGGUAGUGACAAUAGGGUUGAGACGAAACCGGUGGUGUUUCGCGAGUAUCCGAAUCAUACGCAGCGAGCGAUUAUGAGUAGCAAGUCAAGGUUUAAGGAUCGUUUCUUGCCUCCACUGCCGAAACUGGAUGGGUAUGAAAAGAUGGAGCAGCACUUUAGUUCGCCGAACAUUGCGGACAAGGAAGAUCCGCCGGGGGUCGAUGAUCGGCGGGACAGUAGAAAAUCGAUGUCUUUUGAUACGGUGACGUCGGAGAACGAUGGUGACUCCGGGUUGGUCAAUCCGGUUAGUGCAGAUUCGCUGGCCAGACAGGCACUGAUGGCGGCUCACGUGUUGAAUCUCAUUCCGGUGGACAAGGCAAGGCAGAGAAACUUUCUGCAUGGUCGGCUAGGGGCAACGUCGCUUUUGGGCGCCGCAGAGUUGGAAAAGAUUCUUCCAACGCGAGAGAUUACAAUUUUCGUUGGCACGUGGAACAUGAACGGUCAAAGCCCGCCCAAACAGAUGAACGAUUUCGUGCUGCCGGCAGCGCUGGAACAUGUUCCGGAUAUUAUCGUGUUUGGAACUCAGGAGUCCUGCUCCGAGCGCUUCGAGUGGGAAGUUACGCUGCAAGAAACGCUCGGUCCAACGCACAUUUUGCUCCACUCAACCAGUCUCGGAACGCUGCACUUGGCCGUAUUCAUUCGGCGCGAUUUGAUCUGGUUCUGUUCCGAACCGGAGGACGCCAACCUGUCCGUUCGACCCGGGACUGCGUUCCGCACAAAGGGCGCCAUUGCGAUCUCCUUCUGUCUGUUUGGAAGUUCCUUCCUGUUCGUCACAUCCCACCUUACAGCGCACCAGCAAAAGGUGAAAGAACGAGUCUCCGAUGUGAAAAAGAUUAUCCACUCGCUAGAUCUUCCCCGAAACCUGACCGUGAAGCACCGCAACAAAGACGUCACGCAGAACUUUGACAGCGUCUUCUGGUGCGGCGAUCUGAACUUCCGACUGAGCGAACCGCGCGAAAAGCUAAUGCAGUGGAUAGAAACGACGCAGUUUCCACUGCCGGAACAUCUCCCCCACGGUCUCAUGCACACGGACCAGUUGACGUCGGUGCUGGCCGAUGGUGCCGCUUUCAAGGGGUUCAACGAGGCCAAGAUCACCUUCCCGCCCACGUACAAGUACGAUCCCGGCACGCAACGGUUCGACACGUCCAGCAAGCAGCGAGCUCCGGCGUACACCGACCGCAUCUUGUACAAGUUUAAACCGAUGGCAGCCACGGCGGUUCAUCGGCGCACGAGUAGUAUCGCGGGAAAAGGUCAUCAUCAUCCGCCGGUGCCGGUCACGUGCUUGGCGUACGAUUCGGUCCAAAGUAUCAUCACGUCGGACCACAAACCGGUGUGGGCGUUGUUUCGGAGCAUCAUUCGGCCCGGGGUUGAUACCGUUCCACUGGCAGCGGGUCUCUUCAAUCGGGACGUCUACCUGGAGGGAAUGAAACGGCGGCUGGACAGUUCCGGCUCGAGUUCCUCGGCCGUCUGCAAUAUUCAAUGAUAAAGGGCAAACUUCGUAACGUGAUAAGGUAAUUAGCACACAGGUAACGUUUUCUAGUCAUCUAUAGGCUGUAUUCUAAAUAUUUGAAAUUUAAAAUGAUAAAAGUGGUGAAAAGACAAAGAUUGCCAAUGAACGUGAGACAUUGGAAGUUAAGAUAUCAAAACUAAAAAAGAUUCCCUUUUGGCGAAAAUGACAUUUUUAACAUGUUUUUUUAGAAUAGAAGUGCGGAAUUGAAAACUGUGUAGAAGAUAUAUGAACGUCCCCUGUAGAUAGCUGUUAGGGUUAAACUGUUUUCAUCAGGAUGUAGCGCCGUUAUGCGCUUUGGAUAACGUAGAAAUACUACAGCAGCCUUGAAGGUUUGAUCACCAGAACUGUUUCUAGUCAACAUGAUAGUCAAAUUAUCAAUACCUAAGCUUAAGAACGUAUGUACUAGUUUAGAGUUAGACAUGUUAUUACGAUCGUCACAUAUCGAUUUAGUAUGGCGACUCUUCGUUACUUAUAAGUAAAGCAGCCUGCAUGACUGUUAAGGUGGCUCGAUUUGUCAGAAACAUGUUAUUGUCUAAACCAAAAUAGUAGUUUAUGCAACAAGUUGCAAAAAGAGGAUUUUUUCAGCACGAGUCGUACACUUAUCCAACGAGGUUUACCGAGUUAGAUAAAUACGACGAGUGAUGAAAAAUCAAGUUUUGCAACGAGUUCCAUACAACGUUUUUUGCAAUUCCGAAAAACACCCUUUGGACAGAAUUAUAGGACAAAUGAAUGAAUGUCCAUGCAUUGAGUCAAUGAAUCGCUCAAAUCAAAAAAAUGUUGAAAAGUAUAACUUUUCCUAACAAGUGCUGAAAAGUUCCACUUUUCAGCAUCCAUUUCAGUGCUGAAAAGUAGAACUUUUCAGCAUUUGUUUUGAAAUGGGUUACUAUUCGAUUCUGUUAUUUUUGGUACAGAAAAGUAGGCUGUUUCGUCGUUCAACAAUGACAGGAAAAGUAAGUAGUUUCACGACGGAAUGGCAAAAAGUUCUCUUCAACUUUCUUAAUAUUUUGUGUAAGUAAAAACUGAUAUAAAAUGCUAUAACUAUGUUUUAUAUCAGUCGUGAACACGAUGAUUUUUUUAGAAAUCAGCAGAAAAAUUAGGUUGUUUAAAUCCGAAAUGAAUCCAAAGAAAGUUUUUUUUCUGAAACAUUCGUCAAGCCGAGCUACCUUUAUAGCCAUGUAACAGCAAACAUUUAGGUUCCCUAAAUUAUGUAAACUGGUAGAUGCAAUCCCGCAAAUAUAAACACUCGAAAAGAAGUUUUGGACUGCUCAUUACAAAUUCUUUUAAUCAUAUUUUUUUAAAUUUUAACAAAAUUUGCUGUCUGGAUGCAGUCUCAAAGUAAAUUCCAAUAUAAAACAGUUGAUCAAAAAAAAAAAAAACAACAACUGAAACUCAGAAAAUAACAAUACAUUAACAAAAAUACAUCUCAUAACCAUUCUGCUUCGACAUGAAAAACCUCAAAGACAACCAAUAUGAACGGAACAUUCUCAACGUUAGAAAAAUAGUUUAGCAACCAGUCAGUCACACUAGGCGUCAGUGUUUAAAAUCUAUAAUUGAGUAAAACGACAGAAACCAAAUAAAGAAAAAAAAAA